AUGGUCCGGAAAAGUGGUGAGACUAAUCGCCCUGAAAACUUGACUGUGAAAAGGGGAGACCACCAUGUUAUUUCUGAUGCUGGUAAUCAGCCAACAAUGAAUGAAAACGAGGAUGACUUGAAUUCAGAAAUAGAUGCUCCUUUGGAAAUUUCCUCGAAAAUUGUUCCUAACAUUCAACUCACACCUAAUUUCGUGCUGGGAACCCAUUCAAAACAGCUUCCAGGGACGCUAAAAGAAAGGGAAGAAGGCCGUAAAAGCAAAACACAAACGGAAAAGGUAAGACGCAUCACGAAGGCUAAGAAAGGAGAAUAUGCCGCGAAAACAAGGAAGGAAUUCAAAGUUCUGACUUUGGACGAUGAAGUGAAGAAAUCACUCGAACCAAGAGUCAACUACAAAGAACAGUUGCUAAUGGUCCGAACAGCUGGAAAAAGAGAAAGAGUCAGGAAUGUUUCAUUCAUGCGUGCAAGAUGGAUAUGA